AAAAAGACAAUAAUUUCACACCGAGUCUUGAAGCUCAUCAUUCCUGGUCCGAUAUCAUUUUCAACUCGUUCAUCUCCAAUAUCGUUGUUGUCCUUGGCUGCCUGAAUCCAUAAGCCUGCAGCGCGAACCAUUCAUCUAGGCAGCCAGCGUUACUACAGACAUCUGACUCAGACUUUUGGAUCUUGUGCUACCUCCUGGAAACACCUAGCUAAAACCUCGCCAUUUUAGACUUAGACCAUAGACGAAAAACUCAUAACGUUCCCUGUGAGCAGACUAUGGCGAUCGAUAUUGAAGCACCAGAGUCUGAUGACUGGUUUAACCUAUACGAACGCCUCGAGACGGCAGAGAUCAACCCUCAGCUGUCUUCCCCCUUCUACAACGGCCGCAUCCCGGCCGAGAUCAGGACUCUCAUAUUUGAAUUCGCAGUCACCGAGUUUCCAUCUCCCUGUGCCAGGACUGUCAAACCCAUCACUUGGGUCCAACAUUCACACGAGCCAGCACCUAUCCCAGCAACUCCCAACCCUUCAGCGGUCGGGAAUGUCAUCGAACGGGUUAGAAGUCGCAUAUCAGGGGUGAUUCGUCCACCUGGGGUGAUGCGUCCACGUCGUGGCAUGCUCCCAUUAGCGGUGUCUCAUACCCCACAGCCGAAAGAUGGCUUUGACUGGCUUCGUUUUGAUAACACCGAGCCUAUGGAGGUCGCUACUGCGCUACUGCUAACCUGCCGACGAGUCUACCUUGAAACCCAUAACCUACCGCUGCUACAGACACAGCAGCGAUUUUAUUGUCGUCGCGGGCCCCCAUGCCGUAGCGAUGGCUCAGAGGGCCCGCGAUCGAACAUAGAGGGGUUCAUCACGAACUUGCUGAGUGACCCCUCGCCCGUGCCGGGCAUAAAACAAAAAGAUCUAGUACGAUCUGUGCGCCUAUUCAUACAACAAUACUGGCUUGAAGAUAGAUUGCUGCAUUUAGUGCUGUCUGAUAACUGGUUUGCUAAUCUUGAACACCUCCGCAUCACGCUGCGUCGCGGCGACUGGUGGGACUGGGAGUCGAACGCGACUCUCAGGAUCAACCCUUUCAAAGGCAACUGUUGCCAUGCUCACACGAUUCGUCUCAUGCAUCAGGACAUGGCGACAGAGAACGGAAAUGUCGAAUUCUCAGUGGGGGCAUGGGGAAGGGCAUUUUCUCACAUGUCGAAGUUGAAAACUUUAACCAUCGACUUCGAGACGUCCGAAGACAAGAGAGAGGAGAUGGAAACUCUGGUUACUUGGGCUCUGAAGUGGCGAUUUCCCCUGUCCAGUAGCAGGUAUCUUUCUACGGGUGGUCAGCCAGCUGAUAAAAUAAGUUGGCGCGGCCUCCCCCACCACUUCAGUCACCAGUGUGUGUCGGGCUGUCGUCGUACACAGUAUCGCACCCCCGAAGAAGAAUGUCCAAAAUGUAGCGAGACGAGGCAAUUGAUUUCUCAGGGAUAUGGGCCACAGCUACUGGUCUGGACGUGCGUCUGGAAACCGGUUCAGGGUGACUAGGUUGAAGAAUCCAUUCCGAAUUUCCAUAUCCCCUUACCAAAGGGGCAGAUUUUAGCUCAUACUCUUCCUAUACACCUGGAAGUAUAAUGAAAUGUAACUUUCUAAGACAGAUACAGUCAAGCUGUAGUCAUCAC